UAGCGGCGGCGGAUGCGCGAUGCAUUCUGGGAUCCGGAGGCAGACUGCGGUCACAACAUCGUGUCGGAACCUCAGAGACGUUUAAUGUUUGAAAUGUUCCGCUGAGGUUCGGUUCAUUCACAACAGAAUCAUCAGAACUGAAGCAGGAUUCAACCGCUGGACGUUCAGAAGGAAACAGCAACAUGUCGGUUCUGGCGGUUCUGCUCAGAGCUGGAUCCACCUUCUGUCAGUCUGCUGGGAACCUGCUGCUCCCGGUCAGAACCGUCUCCACCAGUGCCUGCUGCAGGAUCCGGAUGCACGCCAUCCCUCAGCUGAAGACCGUGGACCGGUGGACGGAGAAGAGAAGCAUGUUUGGAGUUUAUGACAAUAUCGGCAUCCUGGGGGAUUUUAAAGCUCAUCCUAAAGACCUGAUCAUCGGCCCCUGCUGGCUGAAGGGCUUCAAAGGAAACGAGCUGCAGCGUUUAAUCAGGAAGAAGAAGAUGGUUGGAGACAGAAUGCUGACUGAGGACAAACACAACCUGGAGAAGAGAAUCAAAUUCCUCUACAGACGCUUCAACCGGACCGGAAAACAUCGUUAACAGACGAGAAGCACGUCAGGAGAACCGAGGACCGGACUGAUGGUGUCACUCUCUGUUUUUCUAAGUUAACUAGAUUUAUGUACUUUAUUGUUGUUGAACUCAUUAACAGAAGCAAAAUACAUGACAUAAAACCCUGAAACGAGCCUUUUUGCUUGUUCUUCUACCCAACAAAAACAGUGGUUCUGUUCAAGGACUUCAGACUUAGUCAGUGUUAAAGCUGCAGCUAUUAACCUUUAAUCAUUUUUGGAAUAAAAACAGACAAAAUUCUGUGA